CCCCUCACCUCGCCUCGUCUCUCCCGGACAAACAGAUAGGCGCAUAGAUCUGUCAUCUGUCAGACCUUCCGCCACCUGCAAACAACUACUCCAGUGGUAAACAAGUCACCUGCUUUCACGGGAGCUGUUUACGACUGCCCAAGUAAAGGGGCAAGACUAAGCGAAGGUAUUUAUAAAACCUAGCGACUAUGCCUCCUAAGAAGCGCUCUACCGUACAGCCGUCUUCAAGGGUAACCAGGUCCUCAACGAAGAAAACUGACCAAAGGACCACUGGCGCUCAAUCGAACACACCAGCCUCCCCUCCCAAGCCAACACCAGCCCCCAUGUCUGCACCCACCGAUAGGAACGCCACCGGCCCCAGAAAGAGGAAACAAGGUGUGAUCGACCCUGUCUCCUCUGGAGACUCGGAAGCAGAAUCAAAACCAGACGGUGUCACAAUGGGGAACUCGCAGAGCAGAGACAAGAAGCGCAGGCAACAGGAACCGCCUGCUCCAAAGUCGGCAAAGAAAUCUGCAAAGAAGACCAAGCCUGUGAGCUUCCAUUCUGUUUUUCUCUUGCCAUGUUAUUUGCUCUGGUUAUUGUUCCGGGAAGCGGGUGAAUUCUAUUAUUGAUUACAGUUCUUGUAGAACCGUGCUCCUUCCCCCGAUACUAUCCUUACCCGUUGGUUCGAUGGGCUCAAAGGUGUGUAUCUUCAGGUCAUUAUUAGCACUUGAAUUCAGAGGCUGAUCACUUCCCAGGCGAUACUAACGAGAUAAUGAUAACGGACUCGGUCCCAUGGAUGGAAUCCCUCGGUGUCUCCCCCGAAGGUAUCGCCUUCUGGGUGAUUGCCUAUUGGUGUGAAGCGAAAGGGGGGGGCAUUGGGCUUAAAGAGUUCAAAGAGGGGAUGAAGGCUUUAGCGCGAGUUGUCCUUGAAGGUUCACUGGAUAUGAACCAUGCUAACGGUGCUCCAUUAGUAUCGACUCCAAUGACUCUCUCAGACGCAAACUUCCGACCCUUCUGCGGGAUGUAGCACCUAGUAGCGAUCGGUUUCAAAAAUUCUACUGGUUUUGCUACGAGUUCUUCAAGGCCGAGGAUGCAAAGUAUUUACCACUCGACAUGGCAUGUGCAAUGUUUACGGUCCUUCUCGACGAAAGAAGCUACAGUACCAAGUGGACUCCUCCAGCUGAAUCAAAUAACACUUUGAAGGCGAAGGAUCCUAUAAUUUGGGAAAAGUUUCCCCACAAGCACGCCUUCAUAGAAUUUCUCGGCUCGACUCCGCCACCCACAAAGGUGAUUACAAAGGAUCAAUAUCGGCAGUUUAUCCCUUUCAACGAACAGGUAGACAUCGAUUUCAACGGGUACGCCAUAGAAACCAGCGUUUGUAGGUGUUCUCCCUCUUUUAUUUUGUAAUUGAAAUCUGACUUAUGCACUUUUAGGGCCAUCUCUUUUCGACCAAUUUGUCACCUGGAGUAAAGAGAAUCAGCCGAAGGAUGAAGAUCCCAUGGAUCAAUCUUAGCUAUCUCAGUGCAUCGGUAUGGAUAUCGGAAAUAUGCACUCCGUGGCCGCCACGUCCAUCCAAUACUAACUACUUUGUGUCUUCGCUUCUUUUGUAUCUAGUUUUCAUACGGAUUCUGAAUUCCUGGUUUGCAUAUCAUAUCAUGAAGGUACCUUUUUUGAGGUAAUUUGGGCAAUGUGGUGUCUUUUUUUUCUUCCUCUUCUUCCGCCUUUUCCUGUACCGCAAUAGUGUAAUGGUAAACGAGGCAUGGCUAGAUGGGCAUACGGGGUACUUGAGAUACCAUAAUUCAUACACAGCAGUCAGGUUUAGGUUGGGUGGGGGAAUACAUGAGGGGUAUCAAAUGGUACAAUUAAGUGAAAAAUGUUACACAUAUGCACGCGGCAAACGUCCCUACUGUGAUUUCAAAACAUCCUCCAGCAUUUUUUGUGCUCUGAUUUCUCGUUUGUCAAAGACUUUGUUAAACAUUGCCGGUAUUCUUGGGAGUCUGUAAGAGUCUAUGGUUCUCAGUUAAUACUCGCCCGCUGGCGAGAGACGGAAACAGGAUAAGAUGGGGGAAACAUACGAACAUGAUCCUCCGCAAACCUCACCCUUCCCCCACAAACCUCCGCAACCUUCUCCAACAACCCCCUACCAACUCCCUUCCCCCUAUACCUCAACCUAACCGUCCACCCAUAGAUCACCCCAACCUCAUCGCCACCCUCCCUCUCAAAAAUCACAACUCCAAUGAUCUCCUCUCCCCAGAGCGCGCCCACGACCUCCCUUUUCCUGUCUCCACCGAACGUAGCCGCCAGCCCACUCUGACUCCCCAUCCAUUCUGCCCGUUCGAUGUAUCCAUAGCUCAGGUACCCGCAGGCCGAUAGCACGGCAAUCACAUACCCGGCGAAGAGGAUUACCGUCAUGCUGAGGUGCUCCUGCGUGCGCAGGAGGUAGACUGCCGUCAGAAGCGUGGGUGGCAGCGUCAGGUGCGGUUGCGAGUACAGGAGUGAGAGGGUUAGGGUUGAGCGGAGUUGGGCGACUGAGUCUGUUAGGAGGGUGUACGCCCGUAGGAAGUGC